CCUACGGUUAAAAAACUGCUUGCUUAUUAAAGCGUCCCGCGCAACACUGCUCUUUCUUAAACCCUAGAAUCCUCUCUGUAAAUCAUUCUCUGCUCAACUAAAAGGGGUUUUCAUGGAGUAUUUCAAUCUUCUAACGGAAGAGAUUACAUUGGAAAUUAUCAGUAGAGUUCCAACCGAGUCGGUGCUCGAAAGCAAAUUGGUAUGCACGAAUUGGAGAAGUCUAGUUCGCCAUCCAUCGUUCUCCAAGAUGCAUUGUCAUCAUCUCAAUCAUCCUGUGGCUGAUUCUGGUAAGUUGGGUUUCAUUGCUUGGACUUCUUUUGAUGGGAGAGGGAAUCAUAAUUUUCAGUAUUUUGAAUAUGAUGAGAAUCAUGAAUCAAUUGAGAAAAUUAGAAAGGUUAAUCUCAAAUCUCCGUUUGGGGGAGGUAGUACCUUUCUUGGUUCGUUCAAUGGUUUGAUCUGUCUUACUUCAAAAUUCUCUGAAACAGAAACAUUUAUUUGUAACCCCAUCACAAGAGAGUACAUUAUGCUUCCAGAAAUUAAGACAUUUACCAUGAAUGUUUGGGCGACCGGAUUUGGUUAUCUUGCCUCAACCAGUGAGUAUAAAGUUGUAACAAUAAAAUGUCUGAGAACGAGUUUAUGGAAGUUCACAUAUACACUCUAGGGAAUGGAAAUGGAUGGAGAAACCUUGGAAAGGACAAUUUUGGAACCGGAGGAUAUUGGGGAGAAGGUAUCUUUGCCAGUGGAGUUCUUUAUUGGCUGGACUAUGGAUUAGAAAGGAUCUUUCCAUUCGAUUUGGCUGAGGAAAAGUUUUGUGAAUAUAUGUCACUUCCUUUGCCACCAGACUAUGAUUCUGAAGAUCAAUAUGAACUAGGGGUUUUGAAUGGGUAUUUGUGUUUUGCUAUUAAUCUGAUUGUCAACGAGGCUGAAUGUUCGGACGUGCGGCUGUUAAAAAAGAAGUAUGAUAAUCAUGGCACCAAAGAGGGAGAAGGACAUUCGUCAAUGUGUUGGAGCGAAGAGUUUAGAAUUUUUGACAGCGAAUCAUUUGCCUUAACGAAGAGUUGCAAUAUCUUAACUUACAAUGGUAGCCGUAUCAACAUUAACGACCUAGAAGCUUCAACUUCGAAAACACUUGUGGAUUUUACAGAACGGUUUGGUGGAGUAUUUCCUCACAAGAACACUUUAGUUUCGUUGAAAGAAUUAGGGGAAGAAGAUGCGAAGAUAAUGGAGUCAGUUGAAUUUGAGGAGACAAAGCCAUGAUCAGCCUUUCAACCAGCUGUAGGAGGAUGAGACCUUGGAUACCUACUUAUAAUCUGCUAUUUUCUGUUACCUGGUUGGCAAUCUACCUUGAAGCUAUUCACAAGCAGAUGGACCUACAAGGUACCCUUCAGGAAUUUUUAUCGCUAGAUACAAUUUACCCGUGCUGUAAUUUAGUUUUUAUUGCUAGUCAAGC